AUGUGUCAUUAUCAAUCAUCAACGAUAAUCAACAAUGGAACAAUAUCGAAUGAAACGAUCAAACGAAAUUCAAUAAAAUUCAAACCAUCAGUAUUGGGUAAAUGUACUCGUUGUCGAUUAAUGUCGAAUUCUUUAUUCGAGAUGAUUCGAUCAUUACUUUAUGAUGAUAAUACUCAACAACAACAACAAAUGAAAAAUAUUGAUUUCAUAUCGAAAAUUUGGAACAAACUUUGUUUCGAUAUUAAAGCUGGCCAUGAUGAUUGUCGAUCAUUUGCUGAAGAAAAUUAUGAAAAAAUUUAUGAAUGGUGGAAUGAUCAUUCGUAUGCUAUAUUAAAAAAUCAAUCAGAUAAUCAGUUAAUCAUUGUGAAUAGAUUAUGUAUUGAAUUUUUAAAAGUUUGCUGUCCAGAUGGACAUUAUGGACAUGAAUGUAAACAAUGUAAUGGUUAUCCGGAUCGAAUUUGUUCGAAUAAUGGAAAAUGUGCCGGCUCAGGUACACGAUUAGGAAAUGGAAAUUGUCUUUGUAAUCAUGGUUAUACAAAUAAAAAUUGUGAUUCAUGUGCAAAAGAUUAUUUCCGAAAUGAAACAUUAUUCCAUUUAAAUGGUACUGUUCAAUGUUUACCAUGUGAUCCAUCUUGUUCGGGUAGUUGUUUUGAUUUUGGACCAAAAGGUUGUCAUGUAUGUCGAAAUGGUUAUUAUUGGACAAUUGAUAAUGGCUGUAUCGAUAUUGAUGAAUGUGAACCAUCAUUAUCAUUAUCAUCAUCAAAUGAUAAUAAUCCAUGUCCAUUAAAUUCAUUCUGUAUUAAUACUGAUGGUUCAUAUCUUUGUUAUCAAUGUGAUCCAGCCUGUAAUGGUUGUGAUGGUGAUGGACCAGAUUCGUGUUUAAAAUGUGCUGAUAAUCAUAUAUUAAAAGAUGGUAUUUGUAUAAAUCCUGAUCCAAAACCAUUAAUACAACCAUAUGCAUCACCAGCACGUUAUGCAACAUAUUUUGGUCUUUGUAUUGUAACCUGUAUUAUAUUUCGUCAUAAUAUCUUUAUUUCAUCAAUAAUUGGUUUAGCUGUAGCAUUAUAUAUAAUGAUAUCGGAAAAAUCAUUAGAAACUGAAUAUGGACGUCAAUUUGAUAAAUGGUGGAAUAAUGUAUUUGGUGGAUAAUGAAUGAAAACAUUCGCAAGUUUGGUUUCGCUUUUUUUCCGGGCUGUAAUUCUCUUGGCAUCAAAAAAAAUCAAGAGAAGAAAAAAAUCGCUGAACUUUUCACAUUUUUUUGACUUUUUUUUCCAUAUACACUCUCUCUUAUCAUAUUUACAAACCAGC